AUGGCCAAAAAUUUAUCCAAUCCCCUUAAGGUGGCCCUCCGUAGUCGCAUGAAAGGUGAGGUGUUAAAGAACAUAACACCGGAAUCCCGAGCACGACAAUCUAAAGCAAUUACGGAAAAGGUUUUGAAAACCGAAGCAUUUCGCAAUUCUCAACGCGUUAGCAUAUAUUUGAGUACAGCGUCUGAAGUUGAUACGGGCGAUUUGUUGAGCGAAUGUUUUCGCUUAGAAAAACAUGUCUUCGUACCCACCUAUGAGGGUAGUAAUAUGGAAAUGGUUCGGCUUAAAAAUUUGGAAGAUUACAAUUCAUUGCCGCUAACCAAAUGGAAUAUUAAACAGCCGAGUGCCAAGGAGGGUCGUGAAAAUGCUUUAACAAAUGGACAAGGUAUUGAUUUAUUCCUAAUACCCGGUGUGGCAUUCACACUAAAUGGUGGCCGCAUGGGUCAUGGUAUGGGCUAUUAUGAUGCGUAUUUGAGACGACACUAUAAUACCUAUCCGAAUAAGAAAACUACCUUAAUGGCUUUGGCUUUUCGGGAACAAAUUGUCGAAGAUGGUGAACUGCCAUUGGAGGAGCAUGAUGUUAAAAUUCAUACAAUUGUAACGGAAUAGAG